AUGCCACUUCCAGCUUGUGCCUCUUCACACACUGACAAGAAAUGCUUUCGUGAAGCAGAGGAAAAAUGGGAAGGAAGGGUUAGUGCCCUUGUGAGAGGCUCUAGUCCUGACCAGGUAUGGCCCCUCCUGGAGGAUUUCUUCAGCCUGCACAAAUGGGUCCCCACGAGAGACACGUGCUACGGAGCCGAAGGUGUAUCGGGUCAGCCUGGGUGCAUCCGAUACUGCUCCGUCACAAGAAGGUCCGCCGACAGUUUGGAGGAUUUGGUCAUGAACUGGGCUAUGGAGAAGCUGCUUGCAACUGACCCUGUCGACAAAAGCUUCAGCUAUGAGAUCGUGGACUGCAAUACCGUCGGGUUCAAAUAUUUGGUUGCCACAAUGAAACUGACGGCAGUGAGAGAUGUAGAAGAAGAAGAUGGAUGUGGAAUGAGCUGGUCUUUCGCAGUGAAUCCGAUUGAAGGAUGGACGGUGAAAGAUUUGACGGAGUUCUACAAUUCUGCUGUUCGAGUCAUGGCUGAAAGAAUAGAAGCUGCUCUAUCGAGCAAUGGGGAAUAA